AUGGAUUCCCCCGCCAAACGACGGAAGACCAGCGAGACCACUGGGGCUCCUGUGGUCCCAGACCUCUCGCAGGAUGGAUCGCGCCGAAGGCGACCGUCAUACCAAUCCCCAACGAGAGCUAGUCUUGCACGAUCGAACCCGGAUGCACUCGAGCGCGCGCUCAGCAGGUCUCCCAGCCGACAACCGAUAAGCAAAGAGGACCAGCCAAAAGACCCUAGGGUACUUGGACUACGCGAUCGCAAAGCAUUGAGACCCUCGCUCAGUGCCUCUGCCAGUCCGCUCACCCGGCCUAGACAGUCCGAAGGCCCGGAAAGUUCACCAAGCAGGCGCGCAAAGGGAAUACAAGCAUUUUCAAAACCCCCGCGCAGGAUUUCAAAGAGGAUCUUACCAGGAGAUCUGGUGUUCGGGUCGCCACUUGCACCCCCACCAAACCCCGAGUCCAAUACUCCUGAAGGCCAAUUGGCUUCGGAGCUAGACAGUGCCACAGCAGAUCUGGGACUGGACAUGGGACCCGAUCCUGGAUUCAUGGAAGAUGACGAUGAUGAGCCUGAGCUACCUCCUACUCCAACCCAGCUGGGGCUAGAAAAGGCCCCGGACCGACCCAGAGGACUGAGCAGCAGCCCGAGUAUGCGCCCAGAGAAACGAUCAAGACGACGGCUUCACAACCCAUUGCACGAAAGCCCUCUGAAAGCGGUGAAUUUUCAGUCACCUCCGUCAGAGGACCAAAACUCGGAGUCUUCAUAUCCUGCUGGGUUCUCUGCGGCAGUUCAAGAGAAGCAGGCUUCCCGCAAGAAGCUUGCCGCAGAAUUGCGGCAACUCAAGAAAGAAGUCGGGGAGCUGGAAUCAUGGGCCCACAAAGUCGAAACCAAUCCUGACUUGAAAGGCGACACCAGAGGGCUUGAUCGAUUUUUGUCUUUACUUACAUCCGGAGAGGCAAACCGCACGAACCAACCAAUACAGCAGAAAGCCCCUAGGCCUAUGUCCUCCCUCCUUGCAACCCUACUCCCAUUCUCUGCCAGGACAAUCCAGCCAAAGCGGCAGACAUCACCAUUACCGACAAACCCGUUUGCCUUGCAAGAAAAGUCCCAAACACUCCCGUACUUAACGAUAUUCGCGCCGCUGAAACUCAAAACACGUACAACUCGAUCGUCACACAUGGACGAGUUGUCCGAAACGCAUACCCUGAUCUUCUCUCCCCCUGCCCCAUUUCCAUCCAGCCUCUACAACGUGACUGUUGUCUACGAGGCAGACCCCGAGACUCAAUGCUUGACAUCCCUAUCAGUGCCCACUGGUGGCGACAGCAAAAAAAGAAAAGUCCCCGAACCUCUCCGCCGGUGGAUCGACACACGCUUAGAGAACCCAGUUCUCAGACUCGAUGUAGCAACUCUUUGCUGGGGCAUCAACCGCUACUGGGAAAGCGCAGUUGCGCGUGCCCGAUUGUGGGCACACAUUGAUCAUAAGUACGGUCCUCGAGCGUCACAGGGCGGAAAUGAUGCACCGGCAAAUGAGGGGAACAUCACACUAUCCGAACUAAGACGAUUGACUCCUCAUCUUGAUCGAAGUUCUAUGGUUCUUAAAUCUAAGAGCUCUGCUUCUGGUCCUCGGGUUAUAGUUUCGAACGCCUUGGUGUUGGAUGAAUGGUCUGGGGAACCUCAACUACGACCUGAGAUCAGUGUCUCGGUUCCUGGGGCGGAUAGAAAGGUCGAUCAUGAGACGAAGAAGCUCUUCCAUGCGCUGCUGCAUGAAGACCAUGACAUGUCUGGAAUGGAGGGUGUUCGUGUUGAUGCGAUUUUGAGGGCAACGGAGGGUGCGCUGGGUGCUUUGUUUGGUUGA